UCGAUCUUCCCAUCGGAUAGAGUCCCUGUUCUGCUUGCUCGGCUCCCAGUCGUCUUCUCCGGCGAGCUCCAAUGGUGUCGCUCGCCGCCCCAGCCUUCUACUCGCGGGUCACGCGAGCAUCCAGCGCCGGCACCGCGAGGGCGCCUUCUCAGUGCGCGUGCAGCCGUGGAGCGGAGGCGCGGCCUCGGGCGGCGGAGGCGGAGGAGGCGCCGCGGUUCAGGUGGGAUGAACUCGGGACCGGCCUGUCGGAGCCCCACGAGCAGGCGCUGCGCGGCCUGUCCCCGAAGCUUCCCAACCGCUGCAGGGCGCUGAUGCCGCGCAUCGUGUCCCUGUCUCCUCACGGUGAGAAUCUCGGCGUGGUUCUUGCGUUCUGGGUGAAGGCCAUGAAGCCCAAGAGGGCCGACUGGCUGCUGGUCCUCAAGGAGCUCAAGGCCAUGGAGAGCCCGCUUCUUGCCGAGGUACUGGAGUAUGCAUUGAUGGAGGAUUCGUUCGAAGCAAACGUGCGCGACUACACCAAGUUGAUACAAAUCUAUGGCAAGCAAAAUCUGUUGAGGGAAGCCGAGGAAGCAUUCCAUGCCAUGAAAGCCAGAGGUCUCCCCUGCGACCAGGUCAUGCUGACCGCGCUGGUGGACAUGUACAGCAAGGCCGGAGAUCUCGCACGCGCGAAGGAAAGCUUCGAGGAGAUCGUGCUGCUUGGCCUGCCGCUCGAUAAACGUGCUUAUGGCUCGAUGAUCAUGGCUUACAUCCGAGCUGACAUGCUGGACCAAGCAGAAGAUCUAAUCAAAGUAACAGAGGAUCAGCAGAUCUUUGCGGGGAAAGAGGUUUACAAGGCUUUGCUGAGAGCAUACUCAUACAAAGGCGAUUCAGAAGGGGCGCAGCGAGUUUUCGACGCCGUACAGUUCGCAGGGACGGUACCCGACACGAAGCUGUGUGCACUCCUGGUGAACGCUUACUGCCUCACUAAUAAGAUCAAUGAGGCUGUCUGUGUGACCCGGAACAUGAGAAGUGCUGGACUGGAGCCGUGUGACAGGUGUGUCUCAUUGGUAUUGGGCGCGUACGAGAAGGUCAACAGGCUGGAAGGAGCACUGGAGUUUCUGGCAGAGCUUGAAGAAAAUGGCGCUGUAAUUGGUCAAGAGCCUUCGCAGUUGCUUGCGGGAUGGUUCGGGCGGCUUGGCGUUGUUCAUGAAGUGGAACAGGUCCUGAAGGAAGGGAUGAAGAGUAAUGAGAGCAAGCAGGGUGUUUCAGUCCUGAAGGAAGUGACGAAGAGUAGGAAAAACGAGCAGGGUGUUCCAGUCCAGAAGCAAUGGACAAAUGGCAGGAAGAGCAAACGCAGUAUUUCAGUCCACAAGGUAGGGAGAAAAGGCAGGAACACCAAACAUAUUAUUUCAGCACCUCUGCAACCCAGUAUUUCAGUCAAGAAUGAAGGAACAGCUAGCAGGAAGAGCAAACAUAGUAGUAGUCCAUUACCUCUGGAACUAAAAUGAUUUUCUAGCUUACUCUAGCCGUUAUGGCGGUACAUUGUCAAGAAAUCACAUGACGGUCAUGAGGAAUACCUAACCAGAAGAAGGAAGACCUAUGUGAGUGAGUGCAUGUAGCUGCGUUUUCUUUUUGAAAGUUUAGUUUCAAUGCAAACUCCAGUGCAGCAGAGAAAGAAGAUUCGUCAAAACCAGACACCAGCGAUGUCAUCUUAUUUUCCCCACGGAACACACAUCAUAGCUAUUCUCAAGUGCUCAAUCAGAACAUCUUCGUUCAAGAACAAAAACCCAACACACUAUCAGUACAAUGCAACAGGGCAACUCAUUAUAUGAAUCACAAAACAGUAAAACAAAACAGCAGAAGACAAUGGUAAUAUUUGGAAGGCUUCCUGAAUAUAUGAUCAUCUACUUUAGAGACCUGAAAAUGUCAUCCGCACCACCCUGUGGUGAAGGCUUCAACAGUUGAGACCAAAUUAGAUCCAUGCCUAUGCAUAAAUCAGAUACUAGAUGUUUAAUUUCAUGAAGCAGUGCAGAGAGGUUAUAGUCUAAUCGUCACCCUCGGUUCUGGACUUCUGCUUCUUCCCUUUGGUGACCGUUUUAGGCUCAACAUCCACUGAAGCAUCACGCUUCUUCUUUUUCUUGUUUUUGGGAGGCUUGGCCAUUGGCAGGCAUCUCAUGACAUGGGGCUCCUCAAGCUUGUUCUAUUUUUUAUCUUCUCAGUUUCAAGUUCAGCUUCUGA